AUGGUAUAUCAAGUUGAUGUAUCAACCUUUGAAGUUAAAAGUGAUAAUGGCAACUUCCGUAUCGUAGUUUUUGCUUUAUUAACUUGUACCUGUCAACAAUUUCAAGAGUAUCAGUUUCCUUGUGUAUAUUCCUGUGCUGCCAUUCUUAAAACACAUCAGCAACUCUCACAAUUUGUACAUUUUACAUAUCAUACUACCACUCUUAAGAAUGUUUACAAGGAAUCAGUUUAUCCUGUUGAUGCAGAAAUGUGUCUUCUUGAUAAUGAAACUUUACUACCGACUGCAAUUAAGCAAGCAGGAUGUCCAAGAAAAAUUCGUUUACAUAGUC